AUGAUUGGAGCGGGCUUCGAAGGCUACGAGGAUGAGAUGUCGGCAGAGGAUUUGCCUCCGAUAACCCUGACGGUAUGGGGCCACGACCCGUAUGCUGUCGAAGACCAGGUUCUGGUAGAUAUGAAGCUGUUUCCGCAGGCCAAGGAAGGACAAGUGGCCGAAUUGUCAACAAAAGUUGACGGGGAGAGACGCAAUUUUUAUUUCCAGCUCAAAGACAAGGGCGAAGGCAGCAACGCCCAGAUCUCUAUUAACACUAACUUUUUGAACCAGUUGCACAUCCGGCCUCGAAGUCAAGUACAAGUCCGUGUGCGACCUAGCGUGGUAGCACAUAUUGAUACGGUUGAGCUGCAUUUCAAAGGUAUGGAUCUAACUCGAGCCGACCAGUACCGGGUUGCACAAAGGCUGAGCGGCACUUGUGUUUAUCAGAAUCAACGAGUCAAUUAUCUUGGUGGGCUUGUACGUCUCACUGUGAAUAAAAUCUAUCGAAAUGGACUGCGCAAGUUUAGUGGGUAUAUUGGUCCCCACACUCGUUUAGUGUUCAGAAGCGACAGCUCACGUAUGCUAAUAUUUAUUCAGAUGUCCGCAGAGAUGUGGCAGUUUGAUUCGACUGGUGACAUUGUUUUUGACCAGCUGGUGAAUUCUUUUAUUCCAGAAAUGCUCCAUCGCUGGUGGAAACACGGGGACCACCAUCUAGUCUCGAUUGUGCUGUUUACAAGCGUUUCCACUUCAGGAUCUACAAAGCAAUUGGAACCUGGUGAAUUAGACCGUAACGCUACGGACUUUUAUCGAGUGGUCAUUGACAAGGUCCAUAUUAGUCGGUGGGCUGAUAUUAUGGUCAAACUUAGACAUGAGUUCUCCAAGUUUGAGCAAGAAGUUUUGUGUAACGACAAGGGUGAACUUCGUGGUCGCAUUUUGCCUUCUUGCAAGGGCAAUAUGCUCAGGGCUUGGUCGUUGGCCAAUAUUUUGCUGAAUACCAAUGUUGCCGACCAAGAUCUAUGCAGGGCCAACCAUCAAGCUAUGUUUAUUACCCCAGGCUCGGGUUUGUUCGACGUCGAUCUGGCUUCGUUCUAUCGUGUAAGUACCAGCAUGCUCCAGUCACUAAUCGGUGCUGAACUGGUUUGUCUUUCUCGACCCCCGCUCUUUGUGACGCCAAUGAUGCGGGCUCUGGACGAAACCGGACGCUUGAAGUACUUUGUACCCACAUGGAUGAAUGUAUCCUUUUGGAACUUUCAGAGUAAGUUUCAGAAACAGUGGAUACCUCGGUGCAAAAUAUAUGAUAUACAGAUGAUGGGUGUUACUGAGAACGAGAUCAAGUCUGUUUCCAUAAGGCACAUGGCACCUGGACCAUAUUCUACCCGAUUCAUGAAGAACUUUGAUGCAAAUGUUUUCAAAAGUGUCGAUAUGAUUGCCAACCAACGCCAAAUUGAAGAAGCGGCUCAGUCCUCUUCUUCGGCAUUACUAUUACGCCCGCUUGAUCUUUCUUCUGCUUUGCCCAAGGCUGUUUCAGAAUCCACGCUGGCCGUGGCAACUGUCUCACCUUUAACAACAGAUGCAGAGCCAAUGAAAGCCAGAAGCACUUUGGGCGCUUUACUCAAAGGAUCAAGAUAUGAAAAUAGUAUGGUUGGAGCGGCUGCACAUUUCUUACGCCCCAUGCGCUCAUUUUCAUUUAACGAUAAUGUAAUGAAAGCAACUCGUGAACCCCAGAGAAGAAAUGACUCGAUAGGUCCGACUUCUGUUAGAGACUUGCCUGCACACCCUGCACGCCCAGCCAUGCCCCAGCGCCAGACCACUAUGUUCGGCAAACAUAGUGCAGCAGUCCCUAUUCCUAUCAGUCAACGGCAGCAGCUCAGAGUCACGCGACCUUCCAUCCUUAGUCGUAUGUCUCCAGGUCAAAAGCUUACACCGAGUGUUGGUGGUGCAUCUCCGGGGAAAAGCCCAGUUGAUCAGACAUCAACUAGUCAUGGGGAAAAGCGGGGCCUGCCAACUCAGGAGAUCAACGAUCCCCACUGGCAUAUGUGGAGAGUUCUACCCAAUCCUUCAGUGAUCGAUCACCCCACCAGAGUCCGUGCUUAUGGUCGGUGGGUUAAUGUGUAUCCUCCAGGAACUAUCCGUAAGACCGUUAGUUGGCACUCUUUGAAGUCUCCUGCUUCUUUGCCGAUCACUUCUGAAGUGUUUCCCACCCCGCAUGAGUUUCAAAGCCACUACAAGUUCCAGUUUUAUGACGUCGCAGCAGGCCUCAGUCAUGAAAAGUAUACGGGCGGGCAUAUGUUGAACGAGCUUGUCGCGUUGAGGCUUCAAAUGGGAUUCCAAAUUGCUGUGGGCGAAGGCGUUGUCAAGGUAGAACGUAGUCUCGCAGAUGGCGACCCGAAUAUGCUUUGCCAAGUCGCUCCUCCUCGUGACUAUCUCAACAGUAGGGUGUACAUGUUGAGGAACACACUCAUACAUCGACUUUCGAUCGAGCAAGAUGGUGUGAUCAAUGUCCAGGUGUAUACGUGGGUCGAUCCCGAUCAGGCUCUUGCCACAGCCAAACCUUCAAUCAUGUACCCCCUCCGCGUGAAAACCAAGUUUGACCGGAACUACUACUCGGUCGAUAAACUCUUCAAUGACUACCAUAUCAUUGGUGAGAACAUCAAUUGGUCAGUUCUAGAUCAGCAAGUGACUGAUAUCGACGAUCCGACGCGCAGUAGCGAUAAGACUUAUCAUACGACCACCCGGUUUGUUUUGCUUCCCCCUGAUGUAACUACAACCCUUGAGCUGCCAAGUCCCUACGAUAAAUUCAGCCGCGAAGAGCUUGAUGUUGAGGCGGUCACCAAGGUAGUGCAAGCUCUUUUGAAAUCCCGGCAUUAUACGAAUGACCAGAAGAGCGUCAUCGCGGAGAAUGACAGUGUUGUUUUCUAUACUGGAGGGCUCUCUCGCUGUGUCGAAUCCAUGUAUGAGGAGUCUGACCGGUCGCAAAUGAGCGAAGCUCUUUUUACCAAAGACCGGCUCCACAAAGGUAUGAAACUUCAAGAUCUAGCGGCUGAAAUGCAGGGUGAGAGAGGAGUUCUGCUCACAGAUAGGAGUUGGCACUGGAAGACAUACCGCUAUGCUUUCUCUGGACAAAACAUGGUGAACUGGCUUAUUUGCGCGUUCAGCGAUAUAUCCACGGUCGAGGAAGCGGUGGACUUUGGAAACCACCUUAUGGAGCAGAAAUUCAUUGUUCAUGUUGACAAAAGACACAAUUUUAUGAAUGGCUACUAUUUCUAUCAAUUAGCUCCCGAUUAUAUUGUUCAGCGUCCGAAAGAGAAUGGUUCCCGCAAGAUCAAGCGGUGGUUUGGAGGUUCCAACAACGAAGACACUACUUCACAGAGUCCACAGAAGCACAGAGUGGUUAUUUCGAGAGCAAUUCCUAUAAAUGUUGACAUGAAACGCCUUUCUGACCGCUUAGAGCUCAUCAACGUUCAUAUUGACAAAGUUCACAAUCCUCAGUAUACGUACGGGAUUCGAGUUGAAUGGUUGAACGCGACACCGCGACUUAUUGAUGAUAUGUUUUCAAAUCUGGGGCGGAUUGCCAGUAGCUGUGGUUGUAAGAUUGUCCAAGUUCCCGUCGAUGAGAUUAGCAGCCCCCAGCGUCACUCCCCGUUCCGGUCCGCACUGAAGCUCUAUUUUGUACUGAACCCUGCUGAUGUGCCAUUGGCUUCAGGUCUCCAGUACAAUCCGUUAGAUUCUGAUCCCUUGUACUAUCAUUUUUACGUGCUACGCAAAAUGGGGUUUGUGCGAGACCUCCCUGGUGAAGACGAAAUUUCUAGCGGUGAUUUCCGAAUUGAGUACUCGUGGGGACAGGUCAACUUCAAUGCAGCACAGUAUAUCCACACAUCUGGGUGUGUUCUUGCACAAGUCUUGAAAGAUGGCCUGGUUUAUCUGAUUGCGAAUACUAUCCAUCUGUCGCGGAUCAGUAUCUACAAUACGAGCGUCGCAAAUGAUAAAUAUGAAGAAAAAAUACUUGACAUUUUCAGAGCUCUAUGCAAUAACAGUGAUGCUCUGAGAGAAUUGUUCAUGGAGGCUCAAGAGAGCUAUAAUAAGGACAUUUUACGCCGGCAGUCUAGCCAAAACUCGCUCUCGCAGUCCACUAACUCUAAUCAAACGUGA